AUGUAUCCCAUCGCAGGAGUCUCCGCACUCCUUACCAUCGUCAGCUUCGUGCUGGUGAUGUUGACCAUCUUCGCCGGCAACAAGCCCGGAUACAUGGAGGAUUACCACAUUCUUUACUUUAAUACUUCAACACUAGGCGAGAACCUUGUCCCAAAGCUCAAGGCCCGGGCACCCAUGCCAGAGCCCACGGCACCUCCAACUCUCCUCAACCGCUUCCACGAGGCCCCGGAGAAGCGUAUUGAUAUCGGUGGUGGACUCAACGACAUAGGAAACGGUAUUAACAGUGUGGCUAAUCAAGCAGGCUCCGCAGUGGGGAACGUCGCCACUGCAGCUGGAGCUGCUGCCACUGAAGCGGUCGGCAAAGGUCUUGACGCCCUGUCGGACAUUCAGAACAAUCUCGCAGACGAGCUGGCCAAGAAGCUUGGUAUCAAGGAGUUUUAUUCGAUUCACCUGGUCGACCUGUGCCAAGGUGACUUCACACCCAAGGCUACCGAUCCCGAGGCCACUUUCGACGUGUCGAACUGCACCGAGCCGUUCAACUACAACCUGCUCAACAUCUCUGCGUUGCUCGACAAGCAGCUCAGUGUUGGACCUUUCUCCCUGAACUUGGCUGAUUUGGGCCUUACAAAUGACAUCCAGGACAAGCUCGACGAUGUCCCGAAGAUUAUCCAGGCUAUCGUGGCGAUGUACAUUAUCGCAGCCAUCUUCAUUGCCUUGUCUUUGUUUGCAUCCAUUGGUGCCAUCGCCCUCAUUCCCAACUCAGCCGGAUCCAAGAUCGUGAUGGGUAACCUGGGCCUUGCCGGUGUUGCACUCUUUUUCCUGCUGGUAGGCAACCUCAUCACUACCAUUGGGAGCGGCAAGGUCGUCGAGAAGGUAACCGAGCUCGGUGACGGUAUUGGCCUGUCCGCGGUUCGCGGCGGCAAAUUCAUCGCGCUGUCCUGGGCGGCCUUCGCGCUGAUGCUACUGGUGGUGUUCUACUGGAUCUACGAGUUCUUCGCGGAGAAGCAGCGCGGCAGCGACGCGCAUAACCGGGCCAUCGGCGGAUUCAGCUUUGGCCACGGCAAGUCCGAGGCCGGAUGGAGUGAAACCGACUCGGGGCUCGCGUCCCGGGAGAACUCCUUCCCUAGGGAGCAGCAGGGCGGAAUGGCUGGCGGCUACCCCCCGACCCAUGCCCCCAGCGGGAUGGGUCAGCAGCCUGUGAGCCCCAUGGACGAAGUUCCUCUGGAUGGGUACAACUACGGCCGGGGCACCCACGAACCCCAGCCCGUCUCUCCACUUGAUCAGGGAGGCUACGGUCAACAUCCUCCAGCCAGGUACUAA